UUCCACGUUGGCCCGGACGUGGCAGCAUCAGAGUACAGAAACGAUUCUUGCUUGGGAGUCACAAACAGAAAGAUUCAGACCAAUUGUCUCAAGAACGACAAGAAUUUAGAAAAGCUUUCUGUAAUAAUUUGAGACAUUCACGCACAACAUGGGGCUCCUAAUCUCGUCAGUUUUUACCAGACUGUUCGGCAAGAAACAGAUGAGAAUACUUAUGGUGGGUUUGGAUGCUGCAGGGAAAACUACUAUCUUGUACAAACUGAAGCUGGGAGAAAUAGUGACCACCAUUCCAACUAUCGGCUUUAACGUGGAGACGGUGGAGUAUAAGAACAUCUGCUUCACGGUAUGGGAUGUGGGUGGUCAGGAUAAGAUCAGACCCCUCUGGAGACACUACUUCCAGAACACACAGGGUCUGAUCUUUGUAGUAGACAGCAACGACAGAGAGAGAGUGGCCGAGUCUGCAGAGGAGCUCUCUAAAAUGCUCCAGGAGGAUGAGUUGAGAGAAGCAGUGUUGCUGGUGUUUGCUAACAAGCAGGACCUUCCCAAUGCUAUGGCCGUCAGCGACCUUACAGACAAACUGGGACUGCAGAGCCUCCGCAGCAGAGUGUGGCACGUGCAGGCGACCUGUGCGACCCAGGGCACAGGACUGUAUGAAGGACUGGACUGGCUUUCCAACGAGCUGUCCAAGCAAUAACACCGGACAUCACACGAGAAAAGGAGAGGGAGAACCACAGAUAGGCUGACACCUUCAAUCAAGACAAGUUUGGUCUUGAAUAACUUGUGCACCUAGAAUGGACAGGACUUGUGGACAAUGCAAUCAAUA